UUGUACUAUCUUUUAGCCCACGUGAUUGAUAUCAAUUUCAGAAUACAUCAACAGUCUGCUGACCAGUCUUGUAUUUCCUUUGAUACAAGUCAUUAGGAAAACAAAAAUGAUCUGCUUAAAGACCAUUCAUAAUCGUUGGAAAAUUUUUUUUAUUUAUUUAACCUUUUUGGUUAAUUUUUUGGAAUCAGCAUGUCCUUUUAAUCCAUCAGAAUAUUCUAUAACAGCACCAAGAACACCUGGGGAUGGUGGAUUUAAAAUCAUUACCAGUGGAACAGACAAAAAAUACAUUCCGAAUAAAAUUUAUGCACUUAGUAUUCGAGGUGAUCAUGCAUUCCAACUAGAUGACUUGGAGUCUCAAGGAUCAACUUUUACAAAAUUCAGAUUGUCUGUGGAUUCACAAUAUGCACCAAAUAGUCCAAUAUCAAAAGUUGGAUCUUUCCAAUUAUAUCCAGAUUCUUUGACGAUUUUUGACGAAGAAUGUGUGAAUACUGUAAAAGAAAGUAAUGAUCUUCCCAAAACUGAUAUUCAAGUAAUGUGGAGAUCUCCAUCUCCAGGAUCAGGAUGUGUUGUUUUCACUGCAACAAUAAUAGUCAAUUCGUCUCAGUGGUAUGCUGAUGAUAAAAACUUGGUAAAGACAUUUUGUGAAGCCAAUGAUGAUGAUAUUAUACCAAAUGACGAGUUUGGAUGUUGUGCUUGUGAUGACGCUAAAUAUUCGCUUACAAUGGAAGGAAUUUGGUCUAAAACGACACAUCCGAAAGAUUUUCCUUUUUCUGCUUGGUUAACGCACUUUAGUGAUCUCAUUGGCGCAUCUCAUGAAAGUACAUUUUCAUUUUGGGGUCAAGAUCAUAUUGCAACAGAUGGAUUCCGUCAAUUAGCAGAAUGGGGCUCAGCGUCUGGUUUAGAAGCAGAGCUACGCUCUAAAUCGCAACAUUUAAGAACCUUAGUUAAGGCUGCUGGACUCUGGUAUCCAAAUGUAAAUUCCAAUACCACUACGAGUUUUAGAGUUGAUCGAAAACAUCCUCUAUUGUCUGUGGCAUCAAUGCUUGGACCAUCACCGGAUUGGGUGGUAGGAGUGAGUAAAUUGAAUCUUUGUGAAAAAGACUGUACGUGGAAACAAAAUCUUAUUAUUGAUCUUUAUCCAUGGGAUGCUGGCACUGACAAUGGCAUUACUUAUAUGUCACCAAACUCUGAAACUAAACCUCGAGAAAAAAUGAAACCUAUUACUUCCUUUUAUCCUGAAGACCCAAGAUCUCCGUUUUAUGAUCCUUCCGGUAAACCAAUGCCACCACUGGCUAAGUUAUACAUUAAUCGAGAAAAAAUUAUUCCACGUGGAUGUGAUGAAUCUAUACUCACCCAGCAACUAGCGGAACUUGAAGUUGCUGAAAAUACGGAAGAUACUUCCCGAGUUGAAUGUGCUGUUACCGAGUAUACUCUAUGGUCUCCUUGUUCCGUUUCUUGUGGCAAGGGUCUACGAAUGAGAACUCGAUCCUACAUUAUGCCAGAAAAAGCCAAAAUGAUUGGAUGUAAUAGACAAUUAGUUUCUAAAGAGAUGUGUGUUGCUGAUUUACCAGAAUGCCCAGAUAAAGAAAUUGAUGACGAUGAAAACGAUAACUUAAAUGGAAGAUUAGAAGUAGAUCCCUCUUUGUGUGAAACUACUCAAUGGUCUUCAUGGUCAGAGUGUUCUUCAACUUGUGGAGUGGGAUUUAAAAUGAAAACACGGAACUUUAUCAAUAAAAUGGGUCGUAAGAAGUGUCCUCAUGUAAUUCUAGUGGAAAAAGAAAAGUGUAUGGGUCCUCCUUGUACAGAAGUAACUGAAGAAUUGGAUUCUACUUGUAAAGUUACCGAGUGGUCAGACUGGUCCCCUUGUAGUGCAUCAUGUGGAAAAGGAGUCAAAAUUCGCACAAGAUUAUUCAUGGUUGAACCAUCACGACAAGAAGAAUGUUCAACUCGAGUAGAACACGUUCAACAACGUACAUGUAUUACUCAAGCUGAUUGUAAUUUUGAUAUGGCUACUGCCAAAGUCGUUUGCAUGGAAGAAGCUGAUGUAGGACCAUGUCGAGGUUACUUUCAGCGUUGGGCUUUUGAUGCUAAAAGACUCACUUGCAUUUCAUUUGGUUAUGGUGGCUGCAGAGGCAACAGAAAUAAUUUCUUAACUCAAGAAGAAUGUAUGAAUACAUGUUCUAUUGUCAAAGCUGCUUUAACUGGACAACAACCAUCUGAAUUAGGUACUCCAAACUUGAAUGUUCCAAUACCUAUUAAUUGUGAAAUCAGUGAUUGGUCUCCUUGGUCUCCUUGCACUGUAACUUGUGGUAUUGGACGGGUAACAAGUUACAGAAUGAUUAAGAGAGAACCCGAGAAUGGCGGUACACCUUGCCCUAAAAAACUACAAAAACGUGCUCGAUGUCAACUUGCUCCAUGUAAUUAACAGGUAAGAAAGUUAUUAAGAAGUUAACAAAAAAUACUUGCACAUGGAUUGAAGUAUAAAUUGUUAUUACGAUAUCAAUGAUCAUUAUUAUUAUUAUUACAUAAAAUACUUAACAAUUUUAUUUACUAAUUAAUUUUAUAGCAUUUCUAAAAUCAUUGCUAUUAAAAAAUAUGCUAGCAACAUAGUUUUGUAUGAUAUAUAAUUAUUAUGAAGUAUAUACUCUUUUUAAAUUAGGAUUUCAUUAGGAAGCAAUAUUUAAUAAUAAAAACACUAUAUUAAUAAUUCAAUAAGU